CUGUAGGUUAGUAGAGAAAGAGAAUUUACAAAACCAAAAUAAAAUUUUAGUAGUUUGCCAAACAGUUGUGCGAAAUCCAUAUCAAAUAUUGCACUCGUGAUCAGACUGUAGCGUUAAUCGUCGAUAAUAACUUUGUCAGUUUACCAGUGACAAGAAGAAAAAAAAAUAGUAAUUUAUUACAUCGGAAUAUUAAAUUUAAUUUUUGUAAAAUAGAAAAGAAGUAACGUAAAUCGAUAUGGCAACCCUAACAGCACCAUUUAUUUCUCACUCAUUCCGCUCAACAAAACAGUUCAGUCGUAUUCUACACCGGUCUUCAACUCAUUGUGUUUUAAAUUUUCGUCUGAAUAAUUCUAUUAAUUGUUUGUCAUCAACGAGAAAUAUGUCUGAUGCAGCAACGCCAAAAAAAUGUUUGGAGAUUCACAACAUAAAUCCAAACAUUAAAACUAUGGAAUACGCAGUAAGAGGUCCAUUAGUUAUUCGCGCUGCGGCUAUUGAAAAGGAAUUGGAACAGGGCGUUAAGAAGCCAUUCAAUGAAGUCAUACGAGCCAACAUUGGAGAUUGCCAUGCCAUGGGUCAAGUGCCUAUCACAUUUAUUCGUCAAGUUCUUGGGCUGUGCGUUUACGAGAAGCUAUUUGACGAUCCUUCUAUCCCUUCUGAUGUUAAACAAAGAGCUCGUGAUAUUUUAAAUGGUUGUAAAGGUGGCUCGCUAGGAUCUUAUUCUGAUUCGACUGGAAUUGAAGUCAUUCGUAAACAUUGUGCCGAACAUAUACAACGACGUGAUGGUUUUCCAUCACAUCAUGAUGAUAUAAUUUUAUCAGCUGGUGCAUCGGGAAGUAUUAAAGCUUUACUAUCCCUCUUACGUUGUGAUAUUGAUGGAAAACGACCUGGUGUUAUGGUCCCUACCCCGCAAUAUCCACUUUAUUCUGCAACAAUUGCCGAAUUUGACAUGGAACAAAUCGGUUAUUAUUUAGAUGAAUCAAAACAUUGGGGACUAGAUGUUGUUGAAUUGCAGAGAGCAAUCAAUGAAGCAAAGAAACAUUCAGCACCUCGUGCCAUUGUUAUUAUUAAUCCUGGUAAUCCAACUGGACAAGUCUUGUCGAGAGAUAAUAUUGAAGAAAUCAUCAAGUUUGCCUACAAAGAAAAACUAUUUAUCUUUGCCGAUGAGGUCUAUCAAGAUAAUAUUUAUGAUCCAGAUUCGAAAUUUUAUUCAUUCAAAAAGGUGCUAUUUGAAAUGGGAGCUCCAUACAACAAGAUGGACAUGGCAAGCUUCAUGAGCUGCUCGAAAGGAUACAUGGGUGAAUGCGGCAUUCGUGGUGGCUACUGUGAAUUAAUCAAUGUCUGCCCAGACGUUAAAGCUGCUCUUAAUAAAUCAAUUUCUGCUCAAUUGUGUCCAACAACAGUCGGUCAGGCAUGCAUUGAUUGUGUUGUAUAUCCACCACAGCCAUCUGAGCCAUCAUAUGAUCUUUUCAUAAAAGAGAAACAAGGAGUAUUGCGUUCAUUGAAAGAACGAGCUGACAUGGUCGCUCAUACAUUUAAUUCAAUCGAAGGAUUUAGCUGUAAUACAGUACAAGGAGCAAUGUAUGCUUUCCCACAAAUUCGACUCCCAGAGAAGGCAAUUGAGGCUGCUAAGAAAGCCAGUCAAACGCCCGACACAUUUUAUGCUUUCCAAUUAUUAGAAAAAACUGGAAUAUGCAUCGUCCCGGGCAGUGGUUUUGGACAGAAACCUGGUACAUAUCAUUUUAGAACAACAAUUCUUCCACAAAAGGAGAAGCUCAAGGAAAUGUUAGACUUGUUCCGCAAGUUCCAUGAGAACUUCCUUAAAGAAUAUAAAUAACUGUCUAUUACAUCAUGUUCGUUUCGAUUUAUUAACACACUUUUUAACAAAACAAAAAAAAAAAAACAGGAGGAACGAAAUAUCAUCAAAAAUUAAAGACAAGUCAGUUAUUUUGCGAAUAACUCUAAAAAUUUAUUAUGUUUUGAAAUAUUUUAAAAAAUCAAGUUUUUUGAUGCAU